AUGUCGAACCCCCUCUCCCACGCUAAAAUUGUUCUCCGCCGCUCCAGCGAGCGCGGAUAUGCCGAGCAUGGCGGCUGGCUCAAAUCAUUCCACACUUUCAGCUUCGCCAACUACUAUGAUCACCGCUUCCAGAACUUUGGCAGCCUAAGAGUUUUGAAUGAAGACCGUGUCGCAGCCCGAAAUGGAUUCCCGACGCAUCCCCACCGAGAUGCGGAGAUUUUCAGCUAUAUCCUCAACGGCGAGCUCACGCAUCGCGACAGCAUGAUUAAAAAGGGCGCAGAAGGAGAGCAAGGAAAGCAAUUCUUCCGCAUGAAGCGGGGAGAUGUACAGUUCACCACCGGCGGAACAGGUAUCGCUCAUUCUGAACAGAAUGAGUCCAACAAGCCGGUACACUUCCUGCAAAUCUGGGCCCUUCCGUGGAAGCAGGGCCUGAAGCCACAAUAUCACACUAUGACCUUUAGCGAAGAAGACAAGCGCAAGGCGUUUGUUCCUAUUUUGUCGCCUCUUGCUGCCGGCCCCCAGGCCACCCCAGCACAGGAAGAUGCCGCUACUCCUAAGCUUCCAGGCACCAUCCCCAUUCAUGCUGACUUUGUCAUGGGCGCUGGCAUUAUUGAACCCAGUUCUACAUUCAAGUGGAAUGUUGGCGCGGGCGAGACCGUCGAGUCCAAGAAGAAGCGAAACGUUUACAUUCACUUGCCAAUGACCAAGCAGGGCAAGUCGAAGGUCAAGAUUGAUGGCCGGGAAGAUGCCGUGCUCGAAGAAGGUGAUGGCGCCUUUGUCACAAUGGUUAAUGCUGGAGACGCGCUUCGUGUGGAGAGUGUCGGAGAGGUAGAGGCUGAAGUGAUUGUUUUGGAUAGCAAUUAA